GUUUCUUCAUUUUCUCAGUGAAACAAAAAAGAAAAUCCAGUCAAGAAUUUUCUUUCUUGUUUUCAAGUAAAUAUUGAAUCUCCAUUGUUAUGGCGGCUUCGGUCGAUAAUAGACAAUUCAGGGGGCUUGAACCGGCUUUGAACGGCGUGUACACCCCCUUGAAGCCCGGUCCAACCCCAACCCACCGCCAUGUACACCAGGUUUUCCUCGACCAUGAUUAUGAAUCCUCCAGCGAUGAUGAUGAUAACGAGAUCGAAUAUUACAAAGCCAUGGUCGUCAAAUCCAACAACGAGGUUGAAUCGUCGAUCUUGGACCCUCGAGACGAAGCAACCGCUGAUAACUGGAUCGAGCGGAACCCUUCCCUGGUCCGUCUUACAGGGAAACACCCUUUCAACUCUGAACCCCCUUUGAACCGUCUCAUGCACCACGGUUUCAUCACCCCGGUUCCUCUCCACUACGUUCGUAACCACGGUGCGGUCCCCAAAGCUUCGUGGGAUGACUGGACCGUAGAAAUAACCGGUUUAGUUAAAAGGCCGAUGAAGUUGACGAUGGAUCAGCUCGUGAAAGAGUUUCAAAGCCGUGAGUUCCCGGUUACCUUGGUUUGCGCCGGGAACCGUCGUAAAGAACAAAACAUGAUCAAACCAACGGUGGGUUUUAACUGGGGAGCUUCGGGGAUUUCCACGUCGAUGUGGAGGGGUGUACCAUUGCGUGACGUGCUCAAACGAUGUGGGAUCUACAGCAAGAAACAUGGCGCCCUCAAUGUGUGUUUCGAAGGGGCCGAGCAUUUGCCCGGAGGCGGCGGGUCCAAGUAUGGAACCAGCAUCAAGAAGGAAUUCGCCAUGGACCCAGCUCGGGAUAUUAUCUUAGCUUACAUGCAAAACGGGGAACUUUUAACCCCGGACCAUGGCUUCCCUGUUCGGAUCAUCAUACCAGGGUUCAUCGGCGGGAGAAUGGUGAAAUGGUUGAAACGAAUCAUCGUUACAACGAAAGAAUCUGAUAAUUUUUAUCACUAUAGAGAUAAUAAGGUCCUUCCUUCUCAUGUUGAUUCAGAGCUAGCCAACGCUGAAGCUUGGUGGUAUAAGCCGGAAUACGUCAUCAAUGAGCUAAACAUCAACUCGGUGAUAACGACGCCUUGUCAUGAAGAGAUCCUACCAAUCAACUCGUGGACAACUCAGAGGCCGUACACUCUGAGGGGCUAUUCAUAUUCGGGCGGUGGGAAAAAGGUAACACGUGUAGAAGUAACAAUGGACGGUGGUGAAACUUGGCAAGUGUGCACAUUGGACCACCCCGAAAAGCCUAACAAAUACGGUAAAUUCUGGUGCUGGUGCUUCUGGUCGCUUGAGGUUGAAGUGCUUGACCUUUUGGGUGCCAAAGAGAUAGCGGUUCGAGCCUGGGAUGAGACCAAUAACACCCAGCCCGAAAAGCUCAUUUGGAAUCUUAUGGGAAUGAUGAACAACUGCUGGUUCCGUGUAAAAACAAACGUGUGCAGGCCACACAAAGGUGAAAUCGGGAUUGUUUUCGAGCACCCGACACUGCCGGGCAACCAAUCCGGUGGAUGGAUGGCUAAGGAACGACACCCCGAAAACCCAACCAUAAAGAAGAGUGUCUCUUCUCCUUUCAUGAACACUGCCUCCAAAACAUUUUCAAUGUCCGAGGUCAAUAAACACAACUCUGCUGAUUCGGCUUGGAUCGUUGUCCAUGGUAACAUCUAUGAUUGCACUCGGUUCCUCAAGGAUCACCCUGGUGGCACCGACAGUAUUCUUAUCAACGCCGGAACUGACUGCACCGAGGAGUUCGACGCCAUUCACUCCGACAAAGCCAAGAAAAUGCUAGAAGAUUAUCGAAUCGGCGAGUUGUUGACGUCGGGUUAUAUUUCCGACUCGGCGGGGUCCUCGCCUAAUACUUCCGUGCAUGGAGCAUCCAACAUGAGCUUUUUAGCUCCUAUUAAAGAAGUUGCGCCCACAAGACCUGUGGCGCUUGUUCCACGUGAGAAAAUCCCAUGCAAACUCGUCGAAAAAACAUCCAUCUCCCAUGACGUUCGUCGGUUCCGAUUCGCGUUGCCGUCGGAAGAUCAAGUGCUCGGAUUACAUGUAGGGAAGCACAUAUUUUUGUGUGCCACCAUUGAUGAUAAGCUCUGCAUGCGAGCCUACACCCCAACCAGUAGCAUCGAUGAAGUUGGCCACUUUGAUCUAGUCGUCAAGAUUUACUUCAAAGGGGUGCACCCGAAAUUCCCUAACGGUGGCCUCAUGUCACAAUAUUUGGACUCUCUCCCCAUCGGUUCGUCACUAGACGUGAAGGGUCCUUUGGGUCACAUCGAAUACACCGGUCAGGGCAACUUUUUGGUUCACGGCAAACCCAAGUUUGCCAAGAAACUAGCAAUGUUAGCCGGUGGGACGGGGAUCACCCCCAUUUAUCAAGUCAUCCAAGCCAUUUUAAAGGACCCCAAGGACGAGACCGAGAUGUAUGUCGUGUGCGCAAACCGAACCGAGGACGACAUUUUGCUGAAAGAGGAGCUCGACGAUUGGGCUAAGAAGCAUGAUCGGUUGAAAGUAUGGUACGUCGUACAAGAAUCUAUAAGGAAAGGAUGGCAAUAUAGCACAGGUUUCAUCACGGAAAGUGUAAUGAGGGAUCACAUCCCAGAGGGCUCCGGCGACACCCUUGCGUUGGCUUGUGGGCCGCCGCCGAUGAUCCAGUUCGCCGUGCAGCCUAACUUAGAGAAGAUGAAGUAUGACGUCAAGGAUUCUUUGUUGGUAUUUUAAGGAAAAUUCGGAGAUGUUUAAAUGUUGUCUUGUAUUCUUAUUAAUUUUUCCCAUGGCGUAGCAAAGUUGUUGGGAAAACGAUGUACAUAGAGAAAUCAAGGGUGUUGUAGUUUGAGAGAAGGAAAAUAAAAAUAAAAAAGUCUUCUUGUA